UGAGCAUUUUAGCUUGCUAACAGACGUAGGCAUUAUUUAGCUAUAAAACAUUAAAACAAUAAUUUGGAAGCAAUUCGGAAUAUUUUUUACUGUAGCCACAUUUGACUGUAAUUCCAACGCUGGAAGGAAUGGCAAUGCAAAGGAAAGCAUACGGCCAGAGUCGUGCUAGCUUCUUACCCGUAUACAGUGGUGUUUGCUAACGUUAGCUGCUAGUAGUACCUAGAGCGGUUUACAAAGCAAAGGGAAGACAACGCCUUACCUGAAAAAUGUUUAAGAACGAAUAUCAGGGUGGAACUGUUGUAGAGAUCUUCAGUGCACAAGGAAAAGAUCCUGUCGCAAAAUGGAAACUUUCUGGAGGUCAAUCAGCUAUAAAUAAAAUGUUUGACAAGGAGGUCAAGGGCUUUGUGUACAGUCUGAAUGGGAGCGGCCAAACUAUAAAAAUGCAGAUGCCAAAACAUUCAAAAAUGUCUCUUGGACUGGUACAGAGGUUCUUAGUCCUCCAGGUGAAUGUUUCCCAAAGUAAAGACUUCUCCACAGAGCUUGUGAUAACUGAUGUGGGACAUCUUAAAAGGAGGCUGUAUCUAUCCACAAUUCACAAAGAGUUCUCUGCUACACCUUUGCAUGCAAAGAUACCUUUUGUAGGUCUGAAACGCAAUGUUUGGUGCAACAUGUGCAUCGACCUUGUGUCAUUUACUGGGGAGCUGUUUAAAGGAGCCGGGUUCUUGUCCUUGGAUGGAAUCACUGUCACUGCCAGCUGUAAGCUACGGAGAAUCUUCACCAUGAAGACUGAGCCUGCAGGGGCUUCUGAUGGAAAGCUGCAUGUUUGUGGAAAUAGUCCCAGGGACUUAAUACCUUGGAGCUGCCAGUUCCCCCCUGAUGUCCAACAGGUGACCCAGGUGAUGAACAUAGAGAGGCUGAGACUGGCAGACCUGAAGACUGGCUCUCUCAACGCUGAUACUGAUCAGUCCAGCACUGGUAGGGCAGCCAGUGCUGUUCGAGGGCCCAGGAUCCAGCAGGACGACUCCCACAUUGCAUUUGGGUCGAGGGUCUCACGUCCUCCUCCACUGUCUGUGAGGAAGAAUAGUAGAGCUUCCGAGGGACAGGCACAGGACACGAGGACACCGGACGGGAGAACACACCAGAGUAUGAAUAUGGGGUCAGCGUCUGCAAGGACAAAGGAAACAACUUCUCCAGAAAGACAGGAACAUGUAGACCAAAGCAAGAUACAACCUGUUUCCAGUAGCCAGAAGAAUGAAUCUGUUCAUGAGCUGGCAGGGAAGGCAGGGAGCCUGCAGCCACAUCCUCCUAAAGACAGAGCAGCAUCAGAGAACGCGGGGUCCAGGAAGCUACGGGUCCACAGUGCAGAGAAAUACAGGUUGGCCGCAGCCUCAGGUCCUACAGACAGUGGACUUAGCCACCAUGCAGUCGAUAGUGACUCCAGUGAGAGAUCAGUCCCUCCCUCCAGCAGUGGAGAUCCCAGCCAGAUGAGAAUAGACCAAAUACAAGGUCCCAUCCCUCACCUCCUCCCAUCCCCAUUACCCCUGCAGGACUUGGAUAGUGAUUGUAGUGAAGAGGAGAGGGACAGUGAUGAAGGCUCAGAGCCACAGCUCUCUGUGGAAAAAGUUUACAUGUUUUCCUCACGGCCCCACUCAGCCAGGCGAGGCCAGGCGCAGGUAGAGGCCUGCUGGACUAAGGAGGCAGCCUGGGCCACUGACAUUCACAGCCAGCUGGACACAAGAGGGCGCAGUGGGGCCAGACCUGAGGAUGACUUCCUAGCCAGUGAGAGUGAGGAGGAAGAUACCUACACCAGGUUCCUCUGUCAGAGGAACAGUGUCCCCCUUGGUUCUGGUACACCUGGUAUUCCCCCAACCGCCGACAUUCCUGAAUCACAAGGCACAGAUGGGGCCGCUCUGACCAGGCCACAGCCUGGAUCCAGUGGUGAAGACCAACCAUUAACCUCAGAGCCAACACUGUCCCACACAGAACCUGCACGGGCCCCAUCCAGUAAGGCUCCCCAUACUGACACCCAAACAUACAACAGAAUGGUAGAUUUGGCCAGGCUGGGCCCAAACCGCUGCCUGUCACCAAGUCAAGCCGCCAGGCAGGAACGGGGACACAUCAGUCAGAGCCAGUCUGGUCCUGGGGGAGCCGUAGGAGGUGGGGGAGUAAGCCAUGACAGGAGCAGCUGCAGGACAUCACUGAGCAGGAGAUCUCUACGAGAGAUCCACGCCCGAGGAGGCUUCAGACUAGGCAAGGUUUGCAAGGAGAGGAGACAAGGGAGCCAUGAGCCUGUUUGGUCCACUGGGACUUCCUGUGAUCUCUCUCUGCUGGACAGCCUAUGCUUGCAGGAGGAUGAGGAAGAGGAGCUACGUAUGCUAGCCAGUCUACAACGGGAGCAGGAGGAAGAAGACGAAGGGGGAGGAGCAACACGUCUCAGUGCCUCUCAGAUCCACCACUGUAAUGUCAGCAUCAGCACCACCAGUGAUGACACAAGCACCUGGACACACAUACCGAUGCCAGCCAAUCAGGGCCAUCACUACCAGAAGGAAAUGAACCCACUUAUUCACUCUAAUCCAAGGGGUCGAUGGAUCAGGACAUGAAGGAGAUGAGGAGUACCUUAAUCUGCUCUAUGAUCCCUGUCUUAACUGCUACUUUGAUCCCCAGUCUGGGAAAUACUACGA